CAACGCAGCCAACGACCACGAACAAAUUUUCCAGCUCCAAUUCUCUCUUUCUAUCUCUCUCUCUCUCUCUCUCUCUCUCUCUCUAGAUUUUCAGUGUACUCGGAGAAAUGGGUGUUGUUUUUCGGGCUGAAGAGACCUUGGUGUUGGAGUUGGAGCAGCUCCGCCGCAAGCUCGUCGCGUGCGGCGGCAUCCAGAGGAGGAAGGACGGCGACGAAUAUAGAAACCUCAAAUCGAAGCCUAUCGACGACGCCGAGGAGAAGAUCGUGUGUGUAACUAGCGGCGCUUCCUUUCUAGGCGCCGCCCUCGUCAACGAACUCUUGCUUCACGGAUACUCUGUUCGAGUCAUUGUUGAUAAUCCUGAGGAUGUGAGCAAAUUGGAAGAGACGAUGAGCAACCGCCAUGACGUGACGGUGGUUGCUGCGAAGCUUACAGAUGUAGAGAGCUUAGUGGAAGCAUUCGAUGGCUGUCGUGGCGUUUUCCACACCUCUUCCUCCAUCGAUCCUUCUGGUCUUUCUGGUUACACGAAAAUUAUGAGCGAAGUGGAAAUGAAGACCACUGAGAAUGUGAUGGAGGCGUGCACUAGAACAGAAACUGUACGAAAUUGUGUGCUUACAUCUUCUCUCCUGGCUUGCAUCUGGCAGGAUCAAGCCGGUGAAAGUGAAAGUGAAACCUCAAGAGUCGUUGACCAUGGCUGCUGGAGCAGUUUACAGCUCUGCCAAGACAAAAAGCUAUGGUAUGCAUUGGGGAAGCUGAAAUCUGAAAAAGUAGCAUGGAGAAUGGCACAAGAAAGUGGCCUAAAACUGGCCACCAUCUGUUCUGCUCUCAUAACUGGUCCCAACUUUCAUCGCAGAAAUUCAACUCCAACCAUGGCUUAUCUCAAAGGAGCUCGAGAGAUGUACGCAAAUGGUGUGCUAGCAACAGUGGAGGUGACCAAAUUGGCCAAGGCUCAUGUCUGUGUCUAUGAAGGGAUGAAGGAGAAUGCUUCCGGCAGAUACAUUUGCUUUGAUCGGGUGAUCUCGACGGUCGGUGAGGCGGAGAAGUUGGCGGCGGAGAUGGCCGUCCCCGUCACCACCAUGCUCCAAACAACCCCUCCAACACACUCAUCAAUUCCAUUUCAAUUGUCAAAUAAGAAGCUCUCUCAUCUGAUGUCUAGAACUGACCUUCCGCGUACUUGUUUAAAUGAAAGUAUAUUUCUUUAAGAAAAAAAUAAAGAAAUAAAUAUAUUAGUGAGA